UCUGAAAUAGCGACCGGCAAAAAGCCGUUAGUCACGCCGCGGGAUGCGUUUUCGUGUUCUCUCUCCAACUUCGCCGCCAAGUCCAACUUACACUAAAACUUCGGACAACUGAGUCACCUCAGUUCAACCACUCAAUUCCGCUGUGCUUCCGUGCUGUCUCUUUCAUCUUCUCCACUUCAUCCAGCCCUAAUAAAUCUCGGCGACCUAAAAGCUCAUAACCUUUUUGUAGCCAACUUCAACGAUCGUGUUAUUGUGUUUCCCCACCUAAUUCAUAAGAUGUCGAUGAUUUAUGGUGGCGGUGGAGGGGGUUCCAAUCAGAAGAUUGACUACGUAUUCAAGGUUGUCCUGAUCGGAGAUUCAGCUGUCGGGAAGUCGCAGCUUUUGGCCCGCUUCGCCAAGAACAACUUCAGCAUUGACUCCAAGGCCACCAUCGGAGUUGAAUUCCAGACUCGGACCGUUGUCAUCGAUCACAAGAGCGUCAAGGCUCAGAUUUGGGACACAGCCGGCCAAGAAAGGUACCGAGCAGUGACAAGUGCAUACUACAGGGGUGCACUCGGAGCAAUGCUGGUUUAUGAUAUCACCAAACAUCAAACAUUUGAGCAUGUGGCGAGGUGGUUAGAGGAACUGAGGGGCCAUGCUGAUAAGAACCUUGUGAUCAUACUUGUGGGUAACAAGACUGACCUUGAGAGUGAUAGAGGUGUACCUACAGAGGUUGCCAAGGAGUUCUCCGAGAAGCAGAACCUGUUCUUUGUUGAAACAUCUGCACUAGACUCGACUAAUGUUGAGAUGGCUUUCCUUAACCUCCUUACUGAGAUUUAUCGUGUUGCCAGCAAAAAAUCUCUUGUUGCCAAUGAAGAAGCUGAAGAGUCAUCUGGAAGAUCAUUACUUCUCAAGGGAACUCAGAUUGCUGUUUCUGGACAUGAUGAGCAACCUGUAUCCUCUGGGAGUGCAUCUGGAUGCUGCAGAUCUUCAUGAGUUACAUCUACUAAUCUGCACCGUUCAGUCAAACCAUAUGUAGAUGUUUUUGUAAUGAACUUGAGUUCUAUUGAUGACACACACAUUCACGUGAAUUUGGUAAAGUUUGAGAUGCAAUUGUAUUGAUAGAUGUAACACAUUAUACCGGUUGUUCGUGACAUUGUAAUUUGCUACAAUAGUACAAUGUGACUUCAAGAGGAACUUUUUAUUACAAUUAAAGUAUUACUUGCACACAA